CGAUUAUCGAAGCAUUAUGACGAAGAUCCCCUCCCCUUUAAACCCCUAAUUGAUCCAGCUCGAACUGGUGAGGCUGCCCGUCAACAAGACCACUCUAACUUAGUGAAUAAUUACCUCCCCCCACCGAACGACGCUCGGCGUCGUGCACAGCGGAGAGAUACACUGAUCGGCGAUUCGGCAACCGAGCCUUACUUGGAUCUUCUGUCAGAGGACGGCUUUAUCCAGCACGCCAAAAAGAAGAACAAAAAAACACCACAAGUAUCGCGCUUCGAUUGGAGUGAAGCAGCGAAAGAAAACGACGGCGGUGCUGAUGGAGGUGACGGUGAUCAAAACGAUGAUUUAGGAAACGCCGGUGGAGGUGCAGGUGGUGAUGGGAAUGGCGGUGGUAAGGGCAACGAUGAUGAUAAGGACAAGGAUAAAGGUAAGGAUAGGAACGAUAGUAAAGACAAAGAGAAAGAAAAGGAGGAGAGGGAGGAGAGAGAGAAGGAGAAAGAGAAGGAUAAAAAGGACGACGUGGCCGACGCGAAGCUAGACGAUAGCAUGGCGGCUGCUGAGACUGUUGGCAGCAAGAAAAAGAAGAAGGGGAAGACCCAGGUCGAAGAGAAGCUCGAGUCCUCUGAAGCACCAAGCAAACCCGACGCCUUCCAGGACAUCAAGUUGGAUGAGCCCGUGAGGACGUCGUUGGAUACUAGUCUUCGUGGUAGUAGUACUACUACACCUGAGCCUAAAAUCAACUUAUUUAGUACGUGGCGUGGUGGCUGGGGUAGUGGUCUCGGGGGCCUAUUUGGGUCCAAAGACGCUGACCACUCCAAAGAUAAAGAAGAGAAAAAGGGGGAGAAGAAGGAAGAGGCGAACGCCAGUGCGUGGAGCAUUGAUGGGCCUAAACCUAAGAAGGAUAAGACAGGAUUCGGAUUCGGAUCUUUUGACGAAGCAAAAGAGGAUAAAACUGAAGCGUCCAUCCCUAAGAGGAAGCCUGAGGAGAAGUCCGAGAAUUUUGACUCGGGCCUGGGUUCGACUAAGAAGGACAAGAACAAGAAGAAGACCAGCAUCUGGGACCCUGAGCCCGAGCUCGAAGAGGAUAUACCGGCCGCUCAAAGCAAGGAAUUGGGGUCGACUGCGUUCGAUGACAACUGGGGAAGCCCCUGGGAAACUACCGCUGCUACUAAGAAAAAGGGCAAGAAGGGUUCUGCGGUCGUAGCGCCUGAGCCUGAUAAGAUUGAACCUGUAGUCAAUACUGUUAAUACUGCCCCGGCCGCCAUUGACUUACUUGUUCCACCAUCUAGGAAAGAUAAGAAAAAGAAGAAAGGCGCCAUCGAGGAAGCCCCCGAGCCCGAGCCUCCAGCACCAGAGCCAGAGCUAGAGCCGGAGCCAGAUUCUGUGAAAGAGGAGAACCCCUGGAGCGACACAUUUGGAACAACUUCCAAGAAAAGCAAGAAGAAGGGCGUUGAAACACUCAAGAGGUCUGACUCGCCUGUGCCUGAUCCAGAAGCUGAGACCUUUACUCUUGAAAGUGGUUGGGGCUGGGGCAUAAAGGACAAAAAGAAGAGUAAGAUCGCAGAGGUUUCAAAGGUAGAAGAGUUAACCCCGCCGUCUGAACCUACGAAUAAGGAGGAAGCCAAUUUAUUAGACUCCAUGACUACGAAGAAAGACAAGAAAAAGAAAGGUAAAGCUACGACUACCACGCCGGAGCCUGUCGUUGAGAUAGUAGAAGAGAAAGCCGAGCCCGAGCCCAAACCCAAGCCCAAGCACGAUGAUCCUUGGGAGGUAUUCGGGGUCACCAAGAAAGAUAGAAAGAAGAAGACGAGAGACCCCGAACCUGAACUUAUUCCAGAACCGAUAGUUGAGCCUGAUCCCGUCCCCGAACCCGAGAAGGAGAAUGACUGGCCGAAUUGGGAUGAACCUACAACCAAGAAGAAGAGCAAAAAGAGCAAAGGUGCCGAGGAAAUUAAGGAACCCGAGCCAGUGCUACCAGAGCCCCCGAAAGAGCCGGAGAAGAAUGAAGACGAAUGGGGCAUUUUCGGUAAAUUAACUAAGAAGGAUAAGAAAAAGAAGAACGUCGUUGCAGAUGAGCUACCCGAGGAGAUCCCCAAAAAACCCGAACCUGAGCUGGAGCCCCCGAAGAAGGAAACUGACGAUUUCCCAUCCUUUACAACUACAACGAAAGAGAAGAAAAAGAAGAAGAAGAAAGGUGCGACGGAGCCGGAACCAGAGCCGAAACCAGAGCCGAAACCAGAGCCAGCGCAAGAGCCUGAACCGGAGCUGGAACCAGAACCAGAAUCGGAGCCAAUAAAAGAAACCGAACCUGCGGAUGACGAUAUCUGGGGGUUGUUUGGUGCUGCCUUAAAAAAGGAUAAGAAAAAUAAGAAGAAAACUACCGCGGAAGAGCCCCCCAAAGAGCCAGAGUCUGUUCCCGAACCCACACCAGAACCAAAACCGGAGCCAGAACGAGAAAAUGUCGAGCCUACUAACGACUGGGCUACAUGGGGCACCUCAAGUAAGGAGCUAGGCAAGGGUAAGAAGAAAAAGAGCAUAUUAGAUGAGCUGGCUCUCAAAAAGUCGGAGUCAGAACUAAAGCCAGAAGUACUCUCCACUCAAAAUGAUGAUGACGCAUUGGGCCUCGGAGCCUCUAAGAAGGACAAAAAGAAGAAGAGCAAGACCACCACUGUCCCGGAAAAGCCACCCAAGGAAGAGGAAGUGGCACCAUCAGCUCCAUCUACCUCUGAGCCAGAACAUGAACGGGAACCAACUUCUACUUCAGCUACUGAGCAGCCGAGUGCUUGGAGCUUUUGGGGUGCUGCCAAGAAGCCCGCCAAGAAAGCGAAGGAGGAGUCUCCCGUUGAUGAAGGUAACGAAGGUUGGCUGGGCUGGGGUAAGAAGAAAAUCCAGGCUUCAACGGCUCUUGUCGAAGCCAACACAGAUCCAGAGCACGAUGACUCGGACCCCCGGCCCGCCGUACCUGAAGCCGACGACUUCUGGGGCAGCUUCACAGCCGACAAGGACAAAAAUGAAAACAAUCUGAUGCCUGACUCGAUCGAAGAGCCUAAGAACGACGACCCCUGGACUAGCAGGUCAAAGAAAGAUAAAAAGAAGAAGGGCAGUAAGAACAUUCCGGUCGAGAUAGAGAACGAGCCUCACCUUAACGGUGUCAAACCCGACUCAGUAGAAGAGAGUAGGGGUGGCAAUUUUGACGACGAUGACUGGAAUUGGGGACUAGGCAAAGGCAAGAAGACAUCUCCACCUCCAGCACCCACACCACCUUCGUUGGAAAUGAGUAUGUCAGGCCAAGAGCUGGAAGAGAAUGUCUGGGAUGAUGCCAAAACUGGAGAAAACGAGGAAGAAAAGAGAGCAGCCGCGGAAUUGGCAAAUCAGAUUGCCGCCGAAGAAGACGAGCUAGCAAUGCUAACAACCAAGAGCAAGAAGAAGAAACUCUCUAAGUCUAACCAGAGAAGAUUCGAUGAGCUCACUGCAAAUGCCAAACGUCGUGCUGAGGAGAAGGCUGCUAAAGAAGCUGAAGAGCUAGCCCAACGAGAGGCUGAGGAAAUAGCUUCGGCAGAAGCCCUAGAAGCAGAGCAAACCGCUGCGGCGGAAGCCCAAGAGGCCGAAGAGCAAGCCGCUGCAGCGCUUGCAGACGAAAUUGCCGAAGAGGAAGCCGAGCUUGCGGCACUCACAGCUAAGAGCAAGAAAAAGAAGAAGCUCAAGGCGGCAGAUCAAAUGAGACUUGAUGAACUUACUGAGAGAGCCCAGGCCCGUGCAGAAGCGAAAGCGUCCAAAGAGGCACAAGACCAAGAGGCACUUGACGCAGAACGAGAAGCGCAAGAAGCUGAGGAGCAAGCGGCGCGAGAGGCUGAAGAGCAGAGGGAACGGGAAGCUCAGGAACAAGCGGCGCGUGAAGCAGAAGAGGAAGCUCGUGAGGCUGAGGAGCUAGCUAGGCGCGAACGCGAAGAAGCCGAAGCAGCAGCCAAGAAGAAGUCGAAAAAGAGUUCCAAGUCGGAAGAUAAAAAGUCUAAAUCCGGCGGCACCAAGGAUAAAUUGUCUAAAAAAGAGAGGGAGAAAGAGAAGGAGCGGGAAAGAGAGAGAGAGAGGGAGGAGAGAGAGAGGGAGGAGAAAGAAAGAGAGGAGAGAGAACGAGAAGAGGAGAAAGAAAAGGAUAAUAGCAGGGACGACGACGACCUGGAUCUCGAUAAUAUUGAUCUUGCUCCCGAACAGAUCGACGAGCUUUUGUCUGGCUUCUCAGCUCCCAAAAUACAACCUCAGCCCAAACCUAAGGCCGAGACGUAUAAAUCUGAUGCAUUUUCAUUCUGGGGUGCUAGGGCGAAGAGCUCGUCACCCGAACCAGUAAGUAGCCCCAAGAUGCCCAAGACUUCGGGAGCAGCCGAGAUUAUAUGUGCUGAGUCAUCAAAGCUUCCGGAAGAACCCCCGAUUGAGGAUGUGCCAUCGUCUUCGAAGACACCCACAACCGAUGAUGACUGGAUAAAGCCAAGGAAAGCUAAGGCCAAGAACGGUAAGCUUGCCGAAAAGCUUAGGAAAUUCGAACCGGCCAAAGAGGAAGAAGACGAUAAUCUGAUUGACGGGCUGGCUGCGCCGCCGCCACGUGUUCGUAUCGCACCACCCGUCGAAGAAGAUAACAAAUUUAGGUCCUCUAGAGAUGUACUCCCCGGGGGGUUCCCUGACGAGGAUGAGAAUGAAAUCGUCGACAUAGUUGAUAUGGCACCGAUAGAAAAGAAAAAGAAGAGCAGUAGGAAGAGCAAAGCCAAGGCCGUCGAGGUACCCCCACCACCGCCUGAGGUUCCUAUUCCACCACCGCCUCCCGAGGUACCCAUUCCUCCUCCAGCCGCCCCCGACGGGCCUCCUACACCGCCACCCGAAGUCAAGCUCUCUAGGAGAGAUCGACCCAAGAUCAGCCGUGAAGGUGGUGGUGCAUCAUGGGGAGCGUGGUCGGCAACGCCUCACAAAGAGGAGAGGAGGUCCAAGCCAAGAUCCGAAGAGAAGAGGGCCCGGAAAGAGAAAGAGAAGUCGUCUUCUUCCAAGGGCUCGUCGUCGGAAAAGGACAAUAAAUCAGAAGAGCACCCAAAAAAGAAAUUGCCACCAGCUACCAAUCUGCGCACGAACAGUAUAUUUCAGAGCACCCCCCCUAUCUCGCGCUCCAUGUCAACCCGCGAUAAACGCUACAGUGCGAGCAAGUCAACUUCGCGUCGUCAUUCGGAUGAUAUAGCAAAUGGAUUAGUGUCGCCACCGCCUGAGGAAAUUCCUAUGAUGUCCUCCAAGGCUGCCAAGAUCUUCGGUGUUGACAAGAGCGAAAAGAGCCGCAGCCGCAAGACCUCUAUGGCACGCGCCUUGGACGAUGAGGACAUCGUCAUGGUUGGGGCCGGAGACGCCCCUUCGAGCCCUGAGAAGUCGGCUCGCAGACGGCCAAAGGUAGGAGCUCGCCGUUAUACAAAAUUUGCCCUGGCUAACCCAAAACAGUUCAGAACCGAGGAUGAUAGGGUCAUGUUUGAUAUAGGAAACCCAGCCGAUGCGGCACCUCUCAAGCGAUCAAGCUCGACUGCCAAGAAAGGCUUUGCUGGUCUUUUUGGGGGGCUUAAGUCCUCGAAUCCGCGCUCCGAAUCACGCCCCGAGCCGCGUCCCGAGCCACGUCGUCGCAGUACAUACCACACUACGGACGAUGAGGUUCGGCCCGAGAAGAGGGCUAGGCGGUCUACACGAGAUUAUCACGUUGUCGAUGCAGAUGCCAUAGACGACGAGAGAGAAGCCCGCCGUGCAGCUCGCCGUGCCAGAAGGGCCGAAGAGAAGGCAGUAGAAGAAGCGCGUCUAGCCAAAGAAGAGGAAAGGCGCGAGAGGCGGAGAAGAUAUGAAGAAGAGGCUGAAGCUCGUAAACAAGCUGAACGCGAGGCCCGACGAGCUGAGCGUAGGGCUGCCCGAGAACGCGAAGCAGAGCGCCUCGCAGUCGAAGCUAAAGAAGCUGAGAGAGCCGAACGGCGUCGGCUUCGUAGACUUGAAAAGGAGGCAGCCGCCGCCGAGAUGGAAGCAGAAGCUCGCCGCGCUGCUAGGGCUGAAAGACGGCGACCACGCUACACUGACGCUUCCGAGGACGAAGAAGAACGACGACGGAGGAGACACGAAGCCAGGCGUGCCGAAGAAAAGGCCAAUCGAAGACGUACCAUGCCGGUUGAAGAUUACGUCUACCCCCAGGAAAGAUCUUCACGACAUGCCGUAGACGAGCGCGAUCGCGAUCGCGAUCGUGAUCGUGAUCGCAGACGAAAUAGACCUGCGGUUUGGCCUCACUCGGGUACAGAUUCCUGGGUGAAGGAGCAUUCAGAGUCUGGACCACCCCCUGAGGAUGGCCCCACUACCGAUGCGCCUCCUGAGGACGACGAAGAAGCUCGCCGAGCUGCACGACGAGCACGCCGUCGCGCGAAGUAUGGUGAUAUUGAUGCGGAAAUGGAAGACGAUCGACGACGCCGUCGCGCGCGCCACGAGGAACGGGAUCAACGGGAUCAACGAGACCAACGAGACCAACGGGAUCGUCGAGAUCGUCGCGUAGGCGGUUCGGACGGCAGUGGUGAUAAGAAUGGUGCCAAAGGUGGCCCGCGCGAAUCUUUCUUUACGGACUCGACACCUCGGAGCAGUUGGUGGAGGAAGCUCACUGGCUCUUGAGGAGCGGAGCUGGAGACUUGAUGAACAGGGCGAGACCCUACCACCAUUGGCCACAGAAAUAUUUUCUUGAACUUGUU